GAGCCUCUUAGGAUAGAAUUCGGAGAUAGUAGCUCCUAGUAGCGUUUUCUCCGCUGUAAAGCCUGCGACAGCGACAAGUAGAGGCGACUCGAACAAGCCUGCGACGGCCGUCCCUGCGACAGCGGCGACCAUGCCACGCAGCUUCGCAUGCCUUUCGAUGUCGCCAGCGCCAUCGUCCGUCGCAAUCCAUCGGUUUUCGCCUCCCCCCCCACAACCAGUCGCUUCAUCCUGUAUCGCAGCGUCGCAUAUCGCGAAUGCACGUGUCUUUCCUUCGUCAUCAGUCCCCGCGUCACCGCCGGUCACCGACUCGCAUUGUUCGUCCUUUUCCGCCGCGUCUCAUCCGGCGUUUUUCAAAAAGCCAUGUGAAAUUUCUUCAUUCGGCUGCCUGUCGUCCGGAGAAUCUGGGCCGUUCCAUCUCCCACUUAAAAGCAUCUCGAGGCGCCAAGAUAGAGCGCGCUUGGCCGUCCGAUGCGGGGCCGCGGGUUCCGCCACUUCUCGGGCUCGAGGCUGGGGAGGCGGAGGGGGAGCAGCGCGGAAGGGCGGGGGAGAACGAGGCGUGGGGGGAGAAUGGCAGCGGGGCGCGGUAGCUGGGAGGGUGGCGGAGGGGGGAACGGCGGGGAGAGGCGGGGAGGAGCUGGUGCUGGAGGUGCGCGGAGUGAGCUACCAGCCGCACGGGUCCGACAGCUGGCUGCUGAACGACGUCUCGCUCUCUCUUCCCAAGAACAGCUUGGGGCUGAUCUUCGGCCGCAGUGGCGGGGGCAAGACCACUCUCCUGCAGCUCCUCUCAGGCCUCACCACUGCAACCAGCGGCACCAUCGCUAUGCCCACCGCCUCUCCUCCCUCCCUCUCCGCUUCCUCCUCCUCCCUCACCUCUCCUCUCACCCCCCUCUCUCGCACCGAGAUCUCUGAGAGGGUGGGGAUCGUCUUUCAGUUCCCCGAGCGGUACUUCCUCACCGACUCAGUGCUGGCCGAGCUCACCUUUGGGUGGCCCACGCGGGUGGAGGACAUUCCCCUCAGACAGGCUUUGGCAGCGAGGGUCCAGGCUGCUCUUAUAGCGGUGGGUCUCAUGGGAGUGGCUCUGGACACCAAUCCCCGUGCACUCAGCGGUGGCAACCAGCGGCGGCUGGCUCUCGCGAUUCAGCUCGUUCGCAUGCCAGAACUGCUGCUGCUCGACGAACCUCUUGCUGGACUUGACUGGAGGGCAAGGGCGGACGUGGUGAGGCUGCUGGCAGCACUCAAGAGGGAACGGACCAUUCUAGUUGUCAGCCAUGACCUCAGGGAGUUGUCCCCCUUAGUGGAUCGGUCGUGGCGCAUGCAGAUGGGGGGAAGGUUGAGGGAGGAACCACUGCCAGCUGCAGUGUCAGAUGAUGAGGGUGACAUCAAUUUUCCUUGGCGUGCGUGAAGGAUAAGGACGUGUUCCGAUGAAGUUUGGGAGUUGUCACCUCCUCAUUAUGUGUUCAUUAUUUGGGCCAGCUAAGUGUUCUGAAAAAUGUAAUGCACAUUUAGUUGACUUGGCAUAUCAUGUAAUGUUAGAUCCUUUCAAUGUGAAAUACAAGAAUGCAAAUUUA